AUGGAUCCACCAGGGUACAGCUCUAGUCAUCUUCAUCCAGGUACUGCUUCUGGUCCAGCAGCUUCCCACUCUCCGUCGCCCACUCCUUCGAUACAUCUCUCUCCAGCCGAGUUGAACCAGGCUCCCAUUGCUUGUGAUAGUUCUAGUAUCACCGAAGAUGCCAGUACUAGCUCCCAGCAAUAUCAGCCGUAUUUGAGCAGCACUUUGAAUUGGGGAGGGCAGGAGGUUGGAAGUGCCAGCGGUGAUGAUGGCAACCAGCAAGGGAGCACGACAACUACGGCAUCGAAGAAGCAGGUUCAACAACCGACCACGGCAACAAAGAUCCGUCGCCGCAAUCGAAUGAUAACAUCAUGUCUGGAAUGUCGAAGACGAAAGCUCAAAUGCGACAGGCUUCACCCAUGUACCAACUGCUCGAAGUUCAAACGUCACUGUCUUUUCUUAUCCCCAACUACCGAUGCUCUAUCACGCAUGAAACUGAUGGAGUUAAAGGAGAAAAUGGGAUCUCUAGAACUUGUCCUCGAGCAAGAUGUUGCCGCCAGACAAACAGGCCAAAUGAACCAGGAUGAUCCGUCUCAUAACACUAAUGCUGCUACCAGUUUGGCACCUGUAUCUGGCUUUAUGCCCAGAGUGGUAGAACAUACACGGAAUGAUCGAAAGCCUGAAGACUCAUUUGAUUUAGGUACCUUGGAGGUUCUAGACAACUUGGAGCAAGAUAGGGGAGAUUCAAUCCCAGAUGACGAAAGAUACCUACGGCCUACCCCUUUGGCCGUCAUGGAUGCAGCAUAUGAUGAUGACGCCGAUGAUGAUACCUUUGACAUAGGCUUUAAACUUGGAAAAAUGCGGAUGACAGAUCGCAUAGGAGGUUUCUUUAGGCCUAGGAUUGCAGAUGAGAUCUCUGUUGUGCUCAAGGAACCAAAAGUUAGCAAUGGGGUGACCGAUACAUCCUUAAAUACCCCAGUCAAGGUCCCGGAAAUGAAACCACCACGCCUCAGAGAUCUAAUGCCCGAAGGCCAGGAAUCGUUUUUCCAUCCUGGACCUACAUAUAUAGCUCCUCAUUCCGACUUCUUUUUUGGUGGUGGCCGAAGGACAUCGCUUGCGGACUUCUUGCCGACUAGAACCGCAUCGGAUAGACUGCUAGAGCAGUAUUGGGUAUCUGUUGACCCGGUAGCUAAGAUACUCCAUCGGCCAACUUUCGAGAGACAAUAUCGAGAGUUCUGGUCUGAUGUUUCUAAGAGCCUGGAGCCUCCUUAUUCCCUUCAGGCCGUAGUAUUCGCAGUGCUCUUUACGGCUGUUGCUAGCAUGCAAGAACACCUGGUACUCAGCACAUUUGGAGUCGCCCAAAAGAAACUUAUCGAAAAUUUCCAGCUAGGAACAGAGAUGGCUCUUGGAAAGGCCCAUUUCCUGAAAACCACAAAAACGCAAACCCUUCAAGCUCUUGUCAUGUAUAUGAUUCCGAUGUGCAGAAAUGAAGUCUCACGAACACAUUCUGCCCUUGUUGGAACCGCCAUUCGGCUGGCGGAAUGUAUGGGUAUCCAUCGUGAUCCCGAGGAAUAUGGACAUGGCCCUGUCGAGACUCACAUUCGUCGAAUGAUCUGGUACCAACUUUGCUUCCUAGAUCUUAGAACAAGCGAGUCACAAGGACCACGUCAGACAAUCAGACGGGAAGAUUACUCUACCAAAUUCCCACUUAAUGUCAACGAUGCAGAUUUUUUAUUGCACCGUGACAGCCGCUUAACGGAUAUGCCCAAAUUUACGGAUAUGACGUUCACUCGCAUACGCUUCGAAUGUCACGAACUACAUCGACUCGUAUAUGUUGAUAGGAUGAAGUUAGAGAACAACAGCAUUUCGCUCACAAGGGUCUUGGGGAAGAUUGAAGCCUUCAGACGGGCCACCUAUGCAAAAUACGGACCAUUGAUUUAUGUUUCGAAUCCGAGGCCCAUUCAGCGGGCAGCACAGUUGGUGUUAUCUAUACUCAUCUGCCGCAGUUAUACAGCCGUCCUACACAGGUACCAUAACAGUGUCUCGGUGAGGAUUCCGGAUAGAUUGCGACAGAUAAUUAUCACGGCAUGUACACAGCUUCUUGAAGACGCCAUCGAACUGGAAACUGCUCCAGACUUACAACCUUGGGCCUGGUACAGUGGUGCUUUCAACCAGUACCAUGUUGCUUUUCUGAUCCUGAUAGAAGUCUGGGCAUAUCCUAUGCGAAAAGAGGCAGAUCGUAUUUGGAGAUGCUUGGAUUACGUUUUUGAAACACCCUCAACCCCCGCUGUCCCAGAUAGUGCUGGCAAAAAUGCACGUCAUCAACUUAUAAUGCAACGGGAUGCAAAAGCUCGGUUGAUUUUGGAACAGCUCAGAGACAGGAUGACAGCAUACCGCGAGAUGAGAAAGCUUCGAGUGCCCAUAAGCAUGGCUGAUACCAAGGUCCUAAGAAUGACACCGGAAGCGGGAACAUCUCGUGAACCAAGCCCACCACAGAUGUUAGACCAUAGCUCUGGCAAUGGUUCUCUGCAAUGGGGACCUCAGUAUACAUCCCAACCAUUUGAAGAAAGUCAAUCAGUGCCGGCACCCUCUAGUCAAUUAAUAAACCCCGCACGGUUAUCGCCUCCUCGAAUGUUUAGCCAUGAACAAUAUCAACUUCAAUCCCAGCAAGGCCGCCGGUUGUCACCAGCCUCACAGAUGCAACAAUAUCAACAUGGCCAACCAAGCUAUCAACGACUACAGCUACCACCACAGCAUUCCUCGGCCAUUCCCUCCACUUCACCCUCGUAUUCUCCUAAUCCGGGCUAUACUCCGACCUUCCAGCAAUCGGGUUAUGCGCCAAAUUACUCAACCCGCAUUCCUGGCAGGGAAAGCAUGGAUUCAGGUACUGGCUCUGAGGACUCUGGAAUGGGGCGUCUAUGGUUCACUUCUGGGACUGACAAUACCAACGCUGGUGCUGGCCUUGCGCCUCCAUUGAACCCUGCACCACAACGACCGUCGGGUAUAUCGGCUAAACUGAACAAUAAUGAAGAAGACCUUCCUAUGCUUGAUAUCGACUGGAAUGAAUGGGAUAAAUUGUUCCCGCCUGAUAUCAAUAAUGGGGAUUUGAAUCUACCACCAUUAUCGCCGAUGGUUGGUCCUACAGAUACCACAGCUUCGUUAGACAAUAUAUCGUCGCUCGCUGAAACGACAACUUCGAAUUAUUCGACAUAUCCGUAUUCGAGCUCUUAA